CGCUGCUAUCGCGUUUCGGCUCGUGCAGUCGUGUUAUCAGCGGGUGGCCAACGUGCCCGUUUGCAGCCGCAGCUCUAGUUAAAUUUUUUUUUUUUUUUUUUUAAAACCAAAAUUUCAAGCGCAAAAAAAAAUCGUAUGUUAUUAUAUUACAUAAAAAAUAUAAUAUAAUAUAUUGUAUAAUAUUCCCAAUUAUAAAAUAUAUUUAUAUAUAUAUUAUAUAAAUAAUAUUCCGCGGCGGUCUUCUGUUUGUCGGUCGUCGAAAUCGCCUAUUUAAUAUAAUAAUAUUAUAAUAUUCAAACGUGUGCGUUUUCGAUCAGGAGAGGUUCGCGCGCGGCAUACCAUUAUUCCGCACGGGACCGUUCGUGAUAUUGUAUAAAUGGGGGAGUACAAAUUUAGUGUAAAUUCUAGUUUAAGUUCUAUCGAGUACCAAUCGUCGGUGAACACGUCCGGGCUGCCGUCGUCGUCGUCGUCACAGUCGUAUUUUGCCGACGACGGCCCACAGCAGCUGCAGGACGUUGCCGUCAAACAGCAGAUCUCACAGUCACCGGUAAACGGCGAUCACCAACAGCUGCCCUCCACCAAAGGUACUGUCAAAGAAGAUUCUGUGUUGGCAGCGUUAGGUGGUGGCGGUGGUGAUAAAUCAUCGGGCGGCCCACAAAUGCAGUUACCAUCAUCUUACAACAAUGAAGCUAGUCUUAAUGUGAUAAACUCGUCGACCAACUCGUCUACGUCUAGUCUAUGGUCAGCGUCCGUUGAUGAUACAUUGAUACACGGGUUAAAUGCGUCUGCGGCUGCAAACAACGCAAAUUUCCCAAAUACUUUGUACAAUACUGGCCUGGGACCUCAUCAUCAGCAACAGCAACCACAACAACAUCAUCAUAGACGUCAAGCAUCUGGUGCCACACACAAUUUCCCUCACAAUCUGUCUAGGCAACUGCAACAGUCAGCUCAUCCGCAGAACCUGUACAUGGCCAGUAAGGGAUAUUCUUGGUCACAGUCACAUCAGAAUUCGUGGCUUAACUCUAGUCAAAAUCAAAGUGGUAUAGCCGGUUCGUCGUGGAAUCGUGGUCGUUCUGUACCUAAUUUGAAUCCAAUGCAUGCUUUAGCUGGUCGUAAGCCAAAUACUAAUUACAAUCAUCAUCAACAUCAAUCUACCCCUAUGAAUUCAUCAAAAUUUAGACGUAGUACUUCAUAUCCAGGAAAAGGAUUAUUCAAUCAAAAUUCAACAACGUUUGAUAUUAACAACAUCGAUGAGACAGACGUAAUGAGUUAUCAGGUAAGAUUUUUAAAUCAUUUUAAGUUAUAAUUCAUUUUAGUACUUAGACAGUUAAGUAUUUAUUGUCAAGGCAGAAUAUCAGGAGCCAGGAGACGAUCCGGUGAUUUACAUUUAAAAUCAUCACUAUGUUUUUAUAUAUUACAAUU